AUGGAGGUGGCGGCGCGUUUGCUUAGCUCAAUAUAUUGCUUUCUCUUAUAUACUGAGCCGAGCCGUGACUUGCUGUAUUCGCCGACGGUGACUUUCAAACUGGUUCAUUGGCGUCGAGCAGGGACUCUUCUCUGCCUAGAAGCCUGUCCUGCCCUUGGUGGGGCUGGUCCUUUUCCAGGAGGGGGCGCGACCGGGAGAGCCCACUGGGGUCAACGCUCUCCCAGCAUCACGAGCCCCGAGCAAGGCCGUCCUUGUCACGGAUGCAGCGGGUAUAUAAGAGAGCGUCUGACAAGGAUCCAAUAUUCUACUCGACUCCUUCACACAAACAAGAUGAAUUCGAAACUAGCUUUAGUAAUAUGGGCUGUUGUCGCUGUCGCCACAUCCUUGCCCCAAGGAGCACCGUCCAGAUCUUACGGCACCCCCAGUGUGGGUUCUUCUGGAGGAGGAUUUGGAGGUAGCGGCUUUGGAGACGGAGCCAGUGGGGGAUUCGGCGCUGGAGGCCCCGGUGGCAGCGCUACAGGAUUCGGAGGAGCUGCUGGAGGGCUUGGAGGUGGCUCUCAGGGUGCAGGUAGUGGAGGAUUCGGAGGUGGCGCCGUCGGUGCAGGAAGCGGAGGAUCAGGAGUUGGAGCUGCAGGAGGAUUCGGGGGUAGCGCUUCUGGAGGAUUCGGCGGUGGAGCUACCGGCGGAUUCAGCGGUUCCUCGGGAAGCUUCGGCGCUGGCGGUGCUGGCGGCGCUGGUGCUGGAGCUUACUCUGGAGCUUCAGGUCCUUUCAUUCCCAUCAUUACCGACGAACGCCAAGGUCCCGAUGAGUUCGGAAACUACAACUUCAACUUCGAAACUGCAAACGGCAUCAUUCGUGAGGAACAAGGAGCCCCACAAGGAGAAACUGGAGCCGUAGCACAGCAGGGUGCUUGGUCAUUCACCUUCCCUGAUGGCACUCCAGCUGACUUCAGCUUCGUUGCUGAUGAAAACGGUUUCCGCGUGGAGUCCGACCUUCUGCCCACUCCCCCUCCCCUCCCCCCGCACGCCAUCGCCCAGAUCGAGAAGGCUCGUCAGGAGGAUGCCGCCGCUGCAGCUUCUGGUGGACGUUACAGUGGCCAGUCAGGCUCUGGUUCAGGAUUUGGCUCAGGAGCUGGCCAAUCAGGUUUUGGUUCGGGUUCUAGCCAAUCAGGAUUCGGCUCUGGUGCUAGCCAAUCAGGAUUCGGCUCUGGUGCUGGCCAAUCAGGAUUCGGCUCUGGUGCUGGCCAAUCAGGAUUCGGCUCUGGUGCUGGCCAAUCAGGAUUCGGCUCUGGUGCUGGCCAAUCAGGUUUUGGUUCGGGUUCUAGCCAAUCAGGAUUCGGCUCUGGUGCUGGCCAAUCAGGAUUCGGCUCUGGUACUGGCCAAUCAGGAUUCGGCUCUGGUGCUGGCCAAUCAGGAUUCGGCUCUGGUGCUGGCCAAUCAGGAUUCGGCUCUGGUGCUGGCCAAUCAGGAUUCGGCUCUGGUGCUGGCCAAUCAGGAUUCGGCUCUGGUGCUGGCCAAUCAGGAUUCGGCUCUGGUGCUGGCCAAUCAGGAUUCGGCUCUGGUGCUGGCCAAUCAGGAUUCGGCUCUGGUGCUGGCCAAUCAGGAUUCGGCUCUGGUGCUGGCCAAUCAGGAUUCGGCUCUGGUGCUGGCCAAUCAGGAUUCGGCUCUGGUGCUGGCCAAUCAGGAUUCGGCUCUGGUGCUGGCCAAUCAGGAUUCGGCUCUGGUGCUGGCCAAUCAGGAUUCGGCUCUGGUGCUGGCCAAUCAGGAUUCGGCUCUGGUGCUGGCCAAUCAGGAUUCGGCUCUGGUGCUGGCCAAUCAGGAUUUGGCUCUGGUGCUGGCCAAUCAGGAUUUGAUUCAGGUUCCGGCCAAUCAGGUUUUGGGGCUGGCUCUGCUCAGACUCCAAGUUUAACCUAUGGCUUACCUUAG